UUGGCCGGCGGUUCCAUUCACCAGCAGCAGCAAGCACAGCUCAAGCGCAAGCUUCUUCCUGAUUAAUAGUGCAGUGCAGUUGCCUGGCCAUCCAUCGUCGUCCUCGAUCGCAUUGCCUGGCCGAGAAGGAAGCCAAGAUAUUUCUUGGCGCGUGGGGAUGGCGUCGAGGGCUGUGAUGGUGGCGGUGCUGGUCGCGGCGAUGGCGGCGACGUGCGCGCGGGCGCAGCUGCACGAGAAGUUCUACGGCGAGUCGUGCCCCAGCGUGGAGGACGUGGUGAGGAAGGAGAUGGUGAGGGCGCUGUCACUGGCGCCCAGCCUCGCCGGGCCGCUCCUCCGGAUGCACUUCCAUGACUGCUUCGUCAGGGGGUGCGACGGGUCUGUUCUGCUCGACUCAGCGAACAAGACGGCGGAGAAGGACGCGAAGCCGAACCAGACGCUCCGUGGCUUCGACUUCGUCGAGAAAGUGAAGGCCGCCGUGGAGAAGGCCUGCCCCGACACCGUCUCCUGCGCCGACAUACUCGCCCUCAUGGCCAGGGACGCAGUCUGGCUGAGCAAGGGCCCAUUCUGGGAGGUCCCCCUCGGCCGGCGUGACGGCAGCGUGUCCAUCUCCAACGAGACCGACCAGCUGCCGCCCCCGACCGCCAACUUCACCGUGCUCACCCAGCUCUUCGCCGCCAAGAAGCUCGACGCCAAGGACCUCGUCGUCCUCUCCGCCGGGCACACCAUCGGGACGUCGCACUGCUUCUCCUUCUCCGACCGUCUCUACAACUUCACCGGCAGGGUCAACCCCACCGACAUUGACCCCACGCUGGAGCCGCAGUACAUGGCGAAGCUGAGGAACAAGUGCACCAGCCUCAACGACAACACCACGCUCGUGGAGAUGGACCCCGGGAGCUUCAGGACCUUCGACCUCGCCUACUUCAAGAACGUCGUCAAGCGGAGGGGCCUCUUCCACUCCGACGGCGCGCUGCUCACCAACGCCUUCACCCGCGCCUACGUCGAGCGCCACGCCGGCGGUGGCUACAAGGAGGAGUUCUUCGCCGACUUCGCUGCCUCCAUGAUCAAGAUGGGCAACGCGGACGUGCUCACCGGAAGCCAGGGCGAGAUCAGGAAGAAGUGCAACGUGCCCAAUCAUUAAACUGACGGAUGCAGAAAGGCCCGCCGUUCGCAGCUAGCAUGACACCGUGUUGAUGAGGCUUCUCAUUUGUGACCAUCUUUUCCCGUGUAGAUUAUAAUUACUUCCUCCCUCCUCAUCUCUUAUACACAUCCCACACCUUACGCACCCAAGCUUUCACUUUAUUGAUUGAUUGUUUUGUUCUGUUACAUCCAUGUAAAGUUUCCUCCAAGAACUCAAUCACAAUAAACCUUGUUUCUUCCA